GCACACCCGGAGACGGAAGACAGGGGGCCGAGGCUCGCUCUUUCAGGCGGGGCGCGACCGUCCGUCGGUACCGCCGGACGGCUCCCCGCGCUGAAGGACUAUUUUCCUCUCCGCGCAGGCACUACUUCGUCCCCCGCGGAGGCGUCGGGAGCUGGCGGCGCGCACGGCAUGGCGGCGGCGGCGCGCGCCUGAGGAGAGGGGACGCCGGCUCGGUCAGGCCUCGGCACGGCCUACACGCUUCGCUCGCCCUCUCCCGCCCCCAGCCUAGCCAUGGCGGAGCCCUCGCCCGCCCGACGCCCAGUGCCCCUCAUCGAGUCGGAGCUUUACUUCCUCAUCGCCCGGUACCUGUCGGCGGGCCCGUGCCGGAGGGCGGCCCAGGUGCUCGUGCAGGAGCUGGAGCAGUACCAGUUGUUGCCGAAGAGGUUGGACUGGGAGGGCAACGAGCACAACAGGAGCUACGAGGAAUUGGUCUUGUCCAAUAAACAUGUGGCUCCUGAUCACCUGUUGCAAAUCUGCCAGCGCAUCGGUCCUAUGUUGGAUAAAGAAAUUCCACCCAGUAUUUCAAGAGUCACUUCUUUACUUGGUGCAGGAAGGCAGUCUUUGCUACGUACAGCAAAAGACUGCAGGCACACAGUUUGGAAGGGCUCUGCCUUUGCUGCUCUUCAUAGAGGAAGACCUCCUGAAAUGCCGGUGAAUUAUGGUUCCCCACCAAAUCUUGUGGAGAUACAUCGAGGAAAACAACUCACAGGGUGUUCCACUUUUAGCACAGCAUUUCCAGGAGUUAUGUAUCAGCAUAUAAAAAUGCACAGAAGGAUUCUCGGACAUCUAUCUGCUGUUUACUGUGUAGCAUUUGAUAGGACAGGACAUAGAAUCUUUACAGGUUCAGAUGAUUGCUUAGUAAAGAUUUGGUCAACACACCACGGACGUCUAUUGUCCACAUUAAGAGGUCAUUCUGCAGAAAUUUCAGAUAUGGCAGUAAACUAUGAAAACACAAUGAUUGCUGCAGGGAGCUGUGAUAAAAUCAUCAGAGUGUGGUGCUUGAGAACUUGCGCCCCAGUUGCUGUGCUCCAAGGACACACAGGAUCAAUUACAUCUUUACAGUUCAGCCCAAUGGCCAAAGGCUCUCAAAGAUAUAUGGUUUCCACUGGUGCUGAUGGGACAGUUUGCUUUUGGCAAUGGGAUUUAGAAUCUCUGAAAUUCAGUCCACGUCCCCUGAAGUUCACUGAAAAGCCUAGGCCAGGCGUUCAGAUGCUUUGUUCUUCUUUUAGUGUUGGUGGUAUGUUUUUAGCCACAGGUAGUACUGAUCAUGUAAUCAGAAUGUAUUUUUUGGGUUUUGAAGCACCCGAAAAAAUCGCAGAACUUGAAAGUCACACUGAUAAAGUAGAUAGUAUCCAAUUUUGUAACAAUGGUGAUCGGUUCCUAAGUGGUAGCAGAGAUGGAACAGCACGAAUUUGGAGAUUUGAGCAGUUAGGAUGGAGAAGCAUUUUAUUGGAUAUGACUACCAGAAUCUCAGGGGAUUUAUCUUCAGAAGAGGAAAGGUUUAUGAAACCCAAAGUAACAAUGAUAGCUUGGAAUCAGAAUGAUAGUAUUGUUGUCACAGCUGUGAAUGAUCAUGUCCUCAAAGUAUGGAAUUCUUAUACUGGACAACUGCUUCAUAACUUGUUGGGACAUGCUGAUGAAGUAUUUGUUUUGGAGACACAUCCCUUUGAUUCCAGAAUUAUGUUAUCUGCAGGACAUGAUGGUAGCAUAUUUAUAUGGGAUAUUACAAAAGGUACCAAGAUGAAACAUUAUUUUAAUAUGAUUGAAGGACAAGGACAUGGAGCUGUGUUUGACUGUAAGUUUUCACAGGACGGACAGCAUUUUGCCUGUACAGAUUCUCAUGGGCAUCUUCUGAUAUUUGGUUUUGGAUGCAGCAAACCAUAUGAAAAGAUUCCUGAUCAGAUGUUCUUCCAUACUGACUAUCGCCCACUGAUUAGAGAUUCUAAUAAUUACGUCUUAGAUGAGCAAACUCAGCAGGCGCCUCAUCUUAUGCCUCCACCAUUUUUGGUAGAUGUAGAUGGAAACCCUCAUCCAACUAAGUAUCAGAGACUAGUACCAGGCCGAGAAAAUUCUUCAGAUGAACAUUUGGUUCCACAGCUAGGCUAUGUGGCAACUAGUGAUGGAGAGGUGAUUGAACAAAUUGUAAGCCUCCAAACCAAUGAUAAUGGUGAACGAAGCCCAGAGUCCAGUGUUCUUGAUGGAAUGAUAAGACAGUUGCAGCAGCAGCAAGAUCAGAGAAUGGUAUCAGAGCAGGAUACUUUUCCAAGUGGACUUCUAAAUGGGGAAGAAACACCCCGAAGAGGUUUUAGAAGACUAAGCUUAGACAUCCAGUCUCCUCCAAAUAUUGGUCUGCGUCGUAGUGGACAAGUUGAAGGUGUUCGUCAGAUGCAUCAAAAUGCUCCACGUAGUCAGAUUGCUACCGAACGUGACCUGCAGGCUUGGAAGCGAAGAGUGGUUGUACCAGAGGUACCACUAGGCAUAUUUAGGAAAUUGGAAGACUUCCGAAUAGAGAAAGGUGAAGAGGAAAGAAAUCUUUAUAUAAUAGGAAGAAAAAGGAAGACUUUCCAGCUCUCACAAAUGUCUGAUUCAGUAGUUUUGGUGUCACAGCCUAGGCAGAGGACAUGUAGGCGUAAAUAUCCAAAUUAUGGUAGAAGAAAUCUUGGCCAGCGUCAGUUAUCUUCUGGAAAUGAAUCUUCAAGCUCUAUAAGACAUGAGACUUCCUGUGAUCAAAGCGAAGGUUCUUGUUCUUCUGAAGAAGAUGAAUGGAAAAGUGAUAGAAAAAGUGAAAGUUACAGUGAAAGUUCAAGUGACUCUUCAUCUAGAUAUUCUGACUGGACAGCUGAUGCAGGAAUCAACUUACAGCCUCCUCUACGAAUGUCAUGUCGUCGACGAAUUACCCGAUUUUGUAGUAGUUCAGAGGAUGAAAUGUCUACUGAGAAUUUAUCUCCUCCAAAAAGAAGACGAAAGAGAAAGAAAGGAAGUAAGCCUAAGAAAGAGAAUUUGCAGAGGAUGACUCCAGCAGAACUUGCAAAUAUGGAGCAUUUAUAUGAAUUUCAUCCUCCAGUUUGGAUAACUGACACCACACUUAGAAAAUCUCCUUUUGUUCCUCAAAUGGGUGAUGAGGUAAUAUAUUUUCGACAGGGUCAUGAAGCUUAUAUUGAAGCUGUCAGAAGAAAUAACAUUUAUGAACUGAACCCUAACAAGGAGCCAUGGAGAAAAAUGGAUCUUAGGGAUCAAGAACUAGUCAAAAUAGUUGGAAUACGAUAUGAAGUUGGGCCCCCUACACUCUGUUGCCUCAAACUAGCCUUUAUAGAUCCAGCAACUGGAAAACUUAUGGAUAAAUCUUUCUCUAUUAGAUAUCAUGAUAUGCCAGAUGUUAUUGACUUUCUUGUAUUGCGUCAGUUUUAUGAUGAAGCAAGACAGAGGAAUUGGCAGUCUUGUGACAGAUUCCGCUCUAUUAUUGAUGAUGCUUGGUGGUUUGGAACAGUGUUAAGUCAAGAGCCAUAUCAACCACAGUAUCCUGAUAGUCAUUUCCAGUGUUACAUUGUUAGGUGGGACAAUACUGAAAUUGAAAAACUUAGCCCAUGGGACAUGGAACCAAUUCCCGAUAAUGUUGAUCCACCUGAAGAAGUGGGAGCUAGUAUUUCUGUCACAUCAGAUGAGCUAGAGAAGUUGCUCUACAAACCACAGGAUGGUGAAUGGGGUCAGAAAUCGAGAGAUGAAGAAUGUGACCGAAUUAUCAGUGGUAUAGAUCAACUUUUGAAUCUGGAUAUAGCAGCAGCUUUUGCAGGCCCAGUUGAUCUAUGUACAUAUCCAAAGUACUGUACUGUAGUAGCUUAUCCAACUGAUCUUUACACAAUUCGAAUGAGACUUGUUAAUCGAUUUUACAGGAGGCUGUCUGCAUUAGUCUGGGAAGUCAGGUAUAUAGAACAUAAUGCCAGAACAUUUAAUGAACCUGAGAGUGUAAUAGCAAGAUCAGCUAAAAAGAUAACUGACCAACUUUUAAAAUUUAUCAAGAAUCCAGAUUGUACAAAUAUCUCAGAACUUUCUAACACGUCUGAAAAUGAUGAGCAAAAUGCUGAGGAUUUGGAUGAUAGUGAUCUUCCUAAAACAUCUUCUGGAAGAAGAAGAGUCCAUAAUUGGAAAAAAAGGAGCAGUAGAGCUCCCAACUAUGUUGAAAGCAACUGGAAGAAACAGUGUAAGGAACUAGUGAACCUAAUUUUUCAGUGUGAAGAUUCUGAACCAUUUAGACAACCUGUUGAUUUGGAUGAAUAUCCAGACUACCGAGAUAUUAUAGAUACUCCAAUGGAUUUUGGAACAGUGAGGGAAACCCUAGAAGCAGGAAAUUAUGACAGCCCUAUGGAAUUUUGCAAAGACAUCCGGUUGAUAUUUAGCAAUGCAAAAGCAUAUACGCCAAACAAGAGAUCAAAGAUUUACAGUAUGACCUUGAGAUUGUCUGCCUUAUUUGAAGAAAAAAUGAAGAAAAUCUCUUCUGAUUUUAAAAUUGGUCAAAAAUUCAAUGAAAAACUUAGAAGAAGCCAGAGGUUCAAGCAAAGGCAAAAUUGCAAUGAUGUCAGUCAGGCUAACAAGAGUAUCAGAAAUAUCAAGCAGAAGCGGUUAAAAUCUCAGACAAAAGUAAUUCCUGAGUUGCUAGGGUCUCCUACCCAGUCUACCUCAAGUAGGACAGCUUAUUCUACAACCCACAAGACAAGUGCUGGUAUCUCUUCAGGUGUUACUUCCGUUGACUCUUCAGAUUCAGCAGAAUCAUUGGAAAGAGUGAGAAGAAACAGACCUAUAAGUGUAACAAAUGGUUCUACGUUAUCUGAAAGUGAAAUGGAAGAUUCCUUAGAUACCUCUUCUUCAUCUUCAGCUUCAAAUAGUUCAGAGGAAAGCAAAGAGAGUCCAAGAGCUCAUGAAUCUUCCUUACAUAGUGGGCUAUCCAGAAGCAGCAAUCUCAGGGUGACCAGAACUAGAGCUGCUCAAAGAAAAACUGGUCCUGUUUCUUUAGAAAAUGGAUGUGGCAGAAAAGCCAUUCGAAAGAGAGUCUAUUUAAGUGACUCUGAUAACAAUUCAUUGAAGACUGGUGAAAUUCUAAAAGCCAGAGCUGGAAAUAACCGAAAAGUCCUACGAAAGUGUGCUGCUGUGGCUGCCAAUAAGAUAAAGCUAAUGAGUGAUGUAGAAGAGAAUUCUAGUUCUGAAAGUGUCUGCUCUGGUCGGAAGCUGCCUCACCGCAACGCUUCUGCUGUAGCUAGAAAAAAGUUAUUGCAGAAUUCAGAAGAUGAUCAGAGCUUAAAGUCAGAAAUUGAAGAAGAAGAGCUAAAAGAUCAAAAUCAAUCACCACCAGUGUCCAAUUCUCAUGCUGCCCAGAAUACUGUCAAUGAAUCUGAAAAUGGAGAUUCAGAAUCAGAAAGUGAUUUGCGGGUAGCCCGAAAAAAUUGGCACACUAAUGGUCACAAGUUCCAUAUUCCAGUAACUUCUAAAACAAAAUUUCUUAAAAUAGCGUCUUCUGAGGAAGACUCUAAAAGUCAUGAUUCAGAUAAUGGACAUAACAGAACUGCUGGCCCAUCAACAUCUGGGCAGAAACUUAAGGCAGAGAGCAUCUCAGAAGAAGGAGAUUCUGAACCAGGAAAAUGUGGUAGUAGGAAAUACAAUACAUUUCGUAAGAAUGCUAAUUUCUUUAAAAAAGCAAAGAUCUUGAGUGAUUCAGAAGACUCUGAAUCUGAAGAACAAGAUAAUAGAGUGGAUGGUAGAUGUCACAAAAUGGAAAUGAACCCAAUUUCAGAAAAUCUGAAAUGUGAACCUAUUGCUAUGUCCCAGUGUUUCUCCGAUCAUGUAUCUGGAACUGAUUUAGAUUCAGGUGAUGACAAAACAAAAGAAAAAACAAAUAAUUUUAUGAAAGGUUCUACAUCACAAGACAAUGGACAAAGCAGAAAAGUUUCCAGGAAAAGGGUCUGUUCCAGUGACUCAGACAACAAUUCAAAGGUGGUUAAGAAAUCAUCAAAAGCCAAAACAGGUCUCCUAAGGAUUACUCGAAGAUGUGCAACUACAGCUGUCAAUAGGAUUAAGCUCAUGAGUGAUAUAGAAGAUGUCAGUUUAGAAAAUGUGUGCACUAGAAGCAAAAAUGGCAGGAAAAAGCCUCUCCAUUUUGCUUGUACCACCUCUAAGAUACUGAGUAAUUGUGAGGGAGAUGUAAACUGUGAAGUGCCAAAUGAACAGUAUGCCUGUAAAGGUAAGCCACCUGAACCUGACUCAGAAGGUAGUACAAAAAGUAUUAGUCAGUCUUUAAAAGGAGACUCAGACUCUGAAGGUAUGUUGAAUUCAGAAUACGAGAACAGGCAUACAAGUAGUAGCAAAACAACUGUACCUUCUAAAACAAAAAAUUCCUCUAUUGGGUCUUCAGAAGAAGAUUCAAAAAGCCAUAUUCCAGGGAGUGAGAUUGGUUUUUCUUCUGGAUCAACUUUGGCCCAAAAAGUUACUGCAGAGAAUAACUUUGAAGAGGAACUGAAUUAUGGGCUACGCAGGUGGAAUGGCAGAAGACUCAGGACCUAUGGAAAGGCUCCUUUCAGUAAGACAAAAGUGAUUCAUGAUUUGCAGGAAGUAGCAGAGACAGAAAUAAAAAGGAAGAGAUUGCAUCCUGAAUUGGAAAAUAUGAAUUCUGAAACAACCAGGAGUUCAAAGUUUGGACGUGACACUAGUUCCAAAUCAUCAGAUUUGGGAUCUGUAACUGAAUCAGAUAUUGACUGUACUGAUAAUGCAAAAACCAAAAGGAAGAAAACAAAAGGAAAAGCAAAAGUAGUUAGAAAAGAAUCUGUUCCUAGAGACAGAGAACCCAAUACAAAAAUGAGAACAUGUAUGCAUAAUCAGAAGGAUGCAGUGCAAAUGCCUAGUGAAACUCUGAGAGCAAAAAUGGUACCUGAGAAAGUUCCCCGCAGAUGUGCUACUGUUGCUGCAAAUAAAAUAAAGAUAAUGAGUAACCUAAAAGAAACGAUUUCAGGACCAGAAAAUGUCUGGAUUAGGAAGAGCAGCAGAAAACUGCCCCAUCGAAAUGCUUCUGCUGCGGCUAAGAAAAAAUUACUGAAUGUUUAUAAAGAGGAUGAUACAACCAUAAAUUCUGAAAGUGAAAAAGAGCUAGAAGAUAGUAAUAGCAAUAUGGGUUUUUUUAGGCGGUUCAGAUCCUGGAAAGAAAAAGCACAAUAG